CAAAAGUAUUGGUCUCUCUUGAGCAUCCAGCCUUGUGGCCUUUGAUGAGAAGCUUUUGAAGCUUUCACCCACCGUCUGAUUCUUCUUCCUCUCUUCUUCCUUGUCACUUUUUGAGUUUCUCCCAUUUCGAUACCACCGCCAGAAUGGAGACCUUUACUGUUGAUGUUGCUCCACCAGGGCCUACGCGGUAUACCAAUAUUACAACUGAAGAUCUUCAUACAAGCCCACAACUCUAUUUCGCGGGGUCCGAUAUUGUAUGGAUGCUCAUCUCGUCCGCAUUAGUUUUGAUGAUGGUACCUGCUAUGUGCCUUUUCUACUCGGGUGCCUCAAAUCGACGUUCAUCUUUGACGCUAUUCCGUCUGCCUCUCAUUACUGCUGCACUUAUUGGAUUUCAGUGGUAUCUCUGGGGGUAUAGUUUAGCAUUUACUCCUGCCGUCAAACCUCCUUCACCUGGUGUUUCUUGGUAUGGUGGGGACCCACGAGGCGUUGCGCUGCACGACAGUCUCGCAAGACCAGUUGGCGCCGACGGCGCCAAAAUCCCCGAACUUCUCUACCAAUUCUAUGAGGGAAUGUUCGCAUCUUUCACUGCAGCUUUAGUGUGCGGAGGGACUAUUCGCGAUGUACGCGUCGGACGAUUCCUGGUAUUCAUAACGUUCUGGUCGCUUCUCGUGUAUAAUCCGGUGGCUCGAUGGUCAUGGCACUGGGCCGGCUGGUCCAAUCAACGCGACGUGAUGGAUUUUGCUGGCGGAACAGCGGUACACAUUACCUCUGGUACAGCAGUGCUCGCUUUCUAUAUCUUCUAUGAGCUUGAUACGAAAGGGUUCUCGACGUGCUGGGCAGGCUUCUGGAGGAUUUUUAUGCGGCACAUGAAACCAUUCGUCAUUUUGGGACUUUAUCGAAAGAACCCAGGUCCACCGCGAAGAAUUGUCCAGCCUGGUGAAGACCAUGACGACAACUCCGAGGAACAUGAACUGGAGAAUCGAUCCUCAACUAGCCAUCAAGGUCCGAAAAAGCAAGUUGCCCUGCAUGCACUUGCUGAUCCCGAAGCGGCUCUCCCACCUACGGACGACCAACCCGCCCCAUUAGUCCGUGGUCUGGAGGACGAUGAUCCACCUCACAACGUGAACAACAUGAUCUUGGGGACUGCCUUGCUCUGGAUCGGAUGGUUUGGCUUCAACGGCGGGUCGGCUCUGGGUGGCAAUAUGCGGGCUGUAUCAGCUUGCGUCUCAACGCAUGUGGCAGCCUGUGCUGGCGGAACAACAUCACUUUUCUUCUUCUGGGCAUGGAAUGCAUUUGCCAGAGCAGUAGACAGAUACCUGGGCGAACCGGGAGAGCAAGAAAAUAAAAUCCCUUCUGUUAGUGUGACGCAGUUCUGCGAUGGUGCGGUCAUUGGUCUUGUUGCAAUCACACCUGCCGCAGGUUAUGUGCCAGUAUGGAGUGCUGGAAUAUUCGGGGUUGUGUCGGCUAUCGCAGUCAAUUUGCUAAAGCGGUACACCAAAGGUCUCCUGAAAGAUGAUCCUUUGUUUGUUUUCAGCAUCCACGCAGGAGGGGGAAUGGUCGUCCUGCAGUUGUCGGACUGGACGGAUAUUCAACAAUACCAGAUCGUACUAUUGCUGGAAGACUUCGAUAUCAAAUGCUUGACGCAUUUGCAGGGUUUUUUUACACUCUUUUCACCACUUUGGCAAUUUUGUUUUGCCUGAAAGCUGUUCGGUCCAUAUUCAAGGGAAAGUGGAUGGCUCCAGUCUUCACAGAGACCAAUACAAACCGGAGAUGGAAGUU